ACCAUUAGGCUUUGGUGGGAGGUGCCUUACUUUCUGCGCGCUAGCCUGCCUCCCUUGCGCUGCGAUAGGAAUACACAAUUGAACAGAAGCUGCAAGCUUGGCAGGAGCUGCCUUCUGCGUGUCUAUUUAUUUGCCGGAUCCGUAUUUUUUGCCGACUGGGUCACUGUCGCCCCGUCUCUAGGGUUUCAUCUUCUUUUUUUUAUGCUUAUUAUUGUUAUUAUUAUCAUUAUCGUGUGUGUGGAUUUUUAUUAUCUUUUUCUAUAAUUUUUUUUUUUCCGGGAACCCUCGCCGGAGUUUCGACGCCGGGCCGGACUUAGUGCUGGCGCGGAGGAGCUGCGCGGAGCCGUACCUCCUGCCCCGGGCCCCGCCCGCGGAUCGGCCUCCCUGGCCCGGCGCCGGCCGCGGAGUAGCGAGUGCGCUACGCCACGCCGCGCCGCCGCCUCCCCGCGGAGCAGCCGAGGGAUGCUGCUGCGCCGCGGCCGGGCAUAGGUAGGAGCCGAGCGGGCGGGGGAGGGAGCGGAGGGAAGCAAGGAAAGACGGAAAGAAAAGAUCCCCCAGCCCCAAGGGGAGAGAAAAAAGAAGAGAGACGAGAAGGAGCGUGAAUGUGAAGGAAUGUGCCUGCCCGCUGCCGGAGCCGCACGGUUGGGAUAAAAAAAAAAUAAAAACCCAGGAGGCUGAUUCUUGCGACUUAUCACCUGGAAAAAAAAAAACCACCAACAACCAAACAACAAAAAAAAAAAAAGCAAAGAGAGGAAAGAAAGCCUCUGCGACCGAAGAGGCUGAAGCGAGCAGCGCAAGAGGAGGGCACUCGGCGGAUGGCGCGGCCGUACCGGUGACUCCGCGGCCGCGGGAGGCUGCGCGGAGCAUGCCGUGCUGGCGGCGUGACUGAGCGGGGCGCUCCCGCCGCCCGCGCCGCCCUCCCCUCCGCCCCCCUCCGCCGCAUGCCGCCGGCAGCCGCGGCGCGCUGAUGCCCCGGGGCCGCGGCGGCGCUGCGGACGGCCCCUAGAAUGAGCGAGGGGGCUGCCGGCGCCGCGGCGCCCGGAGCGGCAGAGGCGGCGGCGGCGGGGGGCCCGGGCGGGGAUGGGGCCGGGGGUCCGCCGCGGGAGCUGCGCUGCAGCGACUGCAUCGUCUGGAACCGGCAGCAGACGUGGCUGUGCGUGGUGCCUCUCUUCAUCGGCUUCAUCGGCCUGGGGCUCAGCCUCAUGCUGCUCAAGUGGAUCGUGGUGGGCUCCGUCAAGGAGUACGUCCCCACCGAGCUGAUGGACGCCAAGGGCGUGGGGCAGGACCCCUUCUUCCUCUCCAAGCCCACCACCCCGCCCCGCGGCGCGGAGACUACCGCCGCCGCCACGCCGCGGCCACCUAGCCGCGUCAGCCCCCGCCUCACCACGAUGAGCCGGGCCCCCCCGCGACCUCCCGGCACCCGCGGACCAGCGCGGGGCGGCCCGCGGCCCACCGCAGCUCGGCACCCCGCCGCGCCCCACACGGCGCCGCCCGCCAGCGGUUCCCCCGGCACAGUCGGCCGCGGCGCUCGGCCGCCGCCCGCCGCCCCCAGCACCCCGCCGCUGCCCGCAUGGCCCACUGCGGCACACGCUACCUCCUCCUACAAGAUCUAUGUCCACGACUCGGCGCCGUCCUGGACCUUGUCUCCCUUUCAGGAGUCAACCACCACCACACCGGAGGCCAGCACGACCCCAAAAAUCCAUACUACAACGUAUUCCACUGAGCGAUCUGAGCACUUUAAGCCAUGCAAAGACAAGGAUCUUGCGUAUUGUCUCAAUGAAGGGGAAUGCUUUGUGAUUGAAACCCUAACAGGAUCACAUAAACACUGCCGGUGCAAAGAGGGCUACCAAGGAGUCCGCUGUGACCAAUUUUUGCCGAAAACGGACUCAAUCUUGUCAGAUCCAACAGACCAUUUAGGAAUUGAAUUCAUGGAGAGCGAAGAGGUGUACCAGCGCCAGGUGCUGUCUAUUUCCUGUAUCGUCUUUGGCAUAGUCGUAGUGGGCAUGCUUUGUGCAGCAUUCUACUUCAAAACAAAGAAACAAACAAAGCAAAUACAUGAACAGCUGAAAGAAACACAGAAUAGGAAAACCUACAGCCUAAAUGCUUCCAGCAUGAUGGCAAAGUCAGAGUGUAUGGCACAAAGCCAAGUCCAGCUGCAAAAUUAUUCAAAACCAGAUAGGCAUCCUGGGCCUAUUCUUCACAAAGUUAUGGAGUCUAGUUUUUCAGGCCCUCAGUCUUUCCCAGAGGCCUUGUCUCCUGACAGAGGAACCCAGCCCAUCAAGCAACAUAGAAGUCUCUCUUCAUGCUGCAGCCCAGGACAAAAAAGUGGGAUGCUGCAUAGAAAUGCCUUUCGGAGGACUCCUCCCUUACCUCGGGGUAGGUUCAAUGGGAUUACAGGACCAGCAUAUCAACAGCUAGAAGAGUCAAGGAUCACAGACCAGGACACAAUACCUUGUCACGGGUAUUCAUCCAGUGGUUUAAAAACUCCUCAGAAUACUCCAAUAAAUAUGCAACUGCCUUCAAGAGAGACAACCCCUUAUUUUAAUAACAUGGAUCAGAAGGACUUGGUCGGCUAUUCAUCUUCAAGGGCCAACUCUGUUCCCAUCAUCCCGUCUGUGGGCUUGGACGAAGCCUGCAUGCAAAUGCAAAAUGUUUCUGAAGUAACAGGCAUCAAGUGGUGCAAAAACUCCUAUUCAGCUGAACUUGUCAAUGUGAGUUCCCCAGUCAGUAAUUGUCUUAUAGCAGAACAACACGAAGUGAAAAUAUUGCUAGAAACUGUGCAGGAGCAGAUUCGAAUUCUGACGGAUGCAAGGCGGUCGGAGGACUAUGAACUGGCGAGAGUAGAAGCAGAGAACAGCACGAGUGAAAACACAGCCUUUCUGCCCAUGAGCCCCGUGGCCAAGUCAGAGCAAGAGGCACAAUUUGUCUUAAAAAGUGAAGCGCAAAGAGACUCGGUAUUGACCAAGUGACUUUGUGUGGGGAUUUUGGGAGGGGAAACGAGAUCUGUGCAUUUGAUGCUUUGUUAAACAGGAAGGGAGGAAAUUAAGUACAAAUUAUUUAUAUGCAUUAAUUUAAGAGCAUCUACUUAGAAGAAACCAAAUAGUCAAUCGCCCUCAUAUCAUAGUGUUUUUUAACAAAAUAUUUUUUUAAGGGAAAAGUUCCAGGAGGGAUGGCGUAUGCAUCAGGUGCUUUCUAGGCAGUAUUACACAUAAAGUUUCGGUUACAGAGCAUUUUACCAUGGUCCUCUUUAGCUGUCCAAAGUCUUAGGCUAUGCAUCUUUUUUUUUCAGUAAAGGCCAAGACCAGUCUUAGAUUCAUUUCUGGUUUCAGGGCAGCGCUGCAGUCAGCUGCUUCCCAGGGACUCAGACCGUGCAGAGCAAGUCCUACGACCCCACCAGAGACCCAGUACCCUCUCCCCCUCUCCUCUUGGUUCCAGGUUCACACCAUGGCACGCAGACAUCUACUUCUGAGGUUUGGUACCUACUGUGGAAUGAGAAUAAAUCCCUAAAUUGAGCCAGACACUUAACCUUCAACCUUACUUUAAUGUGUCACUAAGCCCAAGAAAGUCAAUGGAAACAUUUAGGAUCUUUGUCUUCAGCCAAGUGUGGAGUGGGAUUGGGGUCUGUAUUGGUAUGAUAUAUACUAUAGGGUAGAGAUUCAGUGGUUGGGAACCUGCAGGUGCUCCAUUUUCUGAGCUUUGACUAUCAGAGCAGCAUUAGUGGAGAGUGAGGAAAAACAAAAAGUCCAAAAGCAUUUAUUAUGGCAGGUUUGGAUUUGAUUUGGGUUUUUUUUGAGUGGGAACAUAAAUUUUGUUGUUCAUUAAUAACCCCUCAACAUUUCUAAACUGGUAUACUUUGAAGGCAUUUGUAAGCUCUUAAGGAGCACUUCUGAGUGUGUGUGUAUUUUUUAACUCAUUUUUUAUUAUGGGCUGUUCGGAGAAGAGUCAGAAAGAUUCAGUAUGAUCAAAAUCCAGCUGAUAAGUGUCCACACUGCCCUAAUUUGUUCCCACUUUCAGUUCUUCAGUCGUUUCAAUUAAUCAUGGCUUAGGCUUGUGAACUUUAAAGCUUCAACCCUGCAGAUGGUUCUGUAUGGGCAGACCCACAAGCAUGCACAGAUAUGAUUGUAAUUGAGCUAUAUAAGAGCAGAUGGUUUCCACCAAAUCACUCCCUGCAGGGAAUCAAGGCCUUGGAAAAGAAAUGUAAUUUCCUUAUUGCCAUAUCCCAAUCACAUUAUAAGCGUUUUUUUUGCAUUUACUUUCUGUUG